AUGGCAAAAAGGGGGGCAAUAAUUUGCGGCGCGAUCGCUGUUCUCGUCGUUAUCGCUGCCGUUAUACUAAUAGUUUACUUUACACUGCCAGAAGAUGAAGAGUCAGUCUGUCCUUCCAGCACAAUCGACGCCAAUCGUUUCGACUGCUACCCCGAAGACGGCGCUGAUCAGACAAAAUGUGAGGAACGGGGUUGUUGCUGGCGUGAACCAGAGGAUGACGCAAACGCGCCGUGGUGUUUUUACCCCACAAUUUACGGAUAUGAAGUAAUACGUGAGCCUAGUCCAAUACCACUUGGUAUAACUUUAAACCUACAGUGGUUAGAUGACAUUCCCAGACGAUAUCCGUAUGGUGUCAGCAAUACCGUAGAGAAACUACAAGUAGACAUUGAACACCAAACUGACUCCAGAUUGCGUAUCAAGAUAUAUGACGAGACUACGGAUCGAUUUGAAGUACCAUUGCAGCUACCGAAAGUGACGGAGAAAGCUAAAAAUCCACUCUAUGACGUCAAAUAUACAGAUUAUCCAUUCAGUCUGCAGAUCACGAGGAUUGACACGGGAACCGUUAUAUUCGACACAUCAGUUGGCGGUUUCACGUACACCAACCAGUUUAUCCAGAUGUCUACGAAAUUCCCAUCCAGUAACGUGUACGGUUUUGGUGAACACAAUCACCGUCAGUAUCGUCAUAAUUUAGACUGGAAAACAUGGGCUAUCUUUACACGCGAUGUCGCGCCAGUGGAUGAAUGGAAUCUUUACGGCGCCCAGCCACUCCAUAUGUGCAUCGAAGACGACGGCAACGCUCACGGUAUUCUCUUUCUCAACUCAAAUGCAAUGGACAUUGUUUUGCAACCAGCACCGGCUUUAACGUAUCGUACAAUUGGCGGGAUUUUAGACUUCUAUAUUUUUCUUGGACCAUCACCAGAAGACAUAGUGAAACAAUACACACUCGAGUUUACAGGCACGCCGAUGAUGCCGCCAUAUUGGGCUCUAGGGUUUCAGCUCUGUAAAUGGGGUUACGAAGAUUUGGACCAAGUGAAAAAUAUAGUAGAAGAUAUGAGAGACCACAAUAUUCCUCAGGAUGUCCAAUACGCUGAUAUUGACUAUAUGAGCGGUUAUCGUGAUUUCACUAUAGACCAGGAAAAGUGGGCGGGGUUGGGAGAAUUCUUCGAUGAACUGCAUGCUUAUGGUCAGCGUGGAAUCAUUAUUCUGGAUCAUGGAAUUCAUAACGAAGACGACGUGCAAUAUGCUCCGUAUGAAUCUGGCAAUGUGAUGAAUAUUUGGAUCAAUGAAUCUGAUGCCGUUACUCCAAUAGAGGGAGAGGUAUGGCCUGGUUACUCAUACUAUCCCGAUUUUACCAACCCUGAGUGUGCGAAAUGGUGGACAAAUCACAGCGUGCAAUUCUACAAUGAAGUUCCUUACGAUGCACUAUGGAUCGAUAUGAACGAGCCCUCGAAUUUUGUCCAAGGUUCCACAUCAGACCCUCCAUGUAAUGACAACUCGCUCAAUUUCCCGCCAUAUCUACCAAAAAUUCUCGGUGGUUUGAUGUAUGAUAAGACAAUAUGUAUGGAUUCCGUUCAGCAUUUGGGCAUACAGUACGACCUGCAUAGUUUAUAUGGACAUAGCAUGUCAGUCGUAACACACGAAACAUUGAAGACAAUCUUCCCCGAUAAACGCAGCAUGGUGUUAACUCGAUCCCAGUUUGCGGGAACUGGUCACUUUGCCGGACACUGGCUGGGCGAUAACCAAAGCCAAUGGCGACAAAUACCGUGGUCCGUUGUAGGAAUGUUGGAGUAUGCAUUGUUCGGCUUUCCUUACAUCGGUGCCGAUAUUUGUGGGUUUUGGUACAACACCACCGAGUCAAUGUGUCAGCGAUGGCAGCAACUCGGAGCGUUCUAUCCAUAUUCCAGGAACCAUAAUGCAGACGGCUGGGCGCAUCAACAUCCAACUGUAUGGAGUGAUGACGUCAUUGAUAACAUCAGAUUUUAUCUCAUGGAACGAUACAGACUGUUACCAUUCCUCUAUACCCUGUUUUACGGCGCUUACACUAAAGGUUCGACUGUGGUGCGACCGUUUGCUCAUGAAUUUCCAACAGAUGAAAAAAGUCGAGAUGUGGAUACCCAGUUUUUAUGGGGACCGUGUUUCAUGAUUACUCCUGUAAUGACAGAGGAUGCCGUUGAGGUCGAUGCUUAUUUUCCCGACGAUCGAUGGUAUGACUAUUACACGGGUGAGGAAAUAGCAGAAGAAAUUCGCGGCACCACAGUGACACUUGAUGCGCCAAUGGACUAUAUGCCGCUACACGUGAGAGGUGGUUACGUCAUCCCGACGCAGGAGCCGAAUACAACAACUACUACAAGCCGACAGAAUUCAUUUGGCCUAAUUGUGGGUCUUGGAAGUGGCAACAAUAGUGAAUCUGUUGGAAACAUGUUUUGGGAUGACGGAGAAUCAAGAGAAACUAUUGAAAAUGGUGAUUACACUCUAAUUUCGUUCGAGGCUACCGAGAACGAUGUCAAAAUACGAGUGCAAAAGGCUGAUUAUAUAACCGGACUCACUGAGCUGGCGUGGGAUACACUUAGGGUGUUUGGUCUCCAAGAACAACCAGCUGAGGUUUUAGCCGAUGGUGAACCAGUGUAUUUCGAGUAUGAUUCUGGUUUAAAGGUUCUAAGCGUUACAGAGAUGGGAAUGGUGGAUAUAACAAUAGAUCACAAUAUAACAUGGAUAGCUUUUACCUCCUUUUUACAUCCAGCAUACAUCUUUAUAUUUCUGAAUGUGUGCCUCAGCCGAGAUGAAGGGUUUAGAAACCAUACGGAAGACGUUCACGUGACACCGGUAGACACCGAUCGGUUCGACUGUUAUCCUGAACCCAAUGCGAAUCAAAUCAAAUGUGAAUCGCGGGGAUGCAUCUGGGCACAGCCACAAAGCGACGAGAACGCUCCGUGGUGUUAUUACCCAUCUGUGUACGGGUAUGAAAUCACGGGAGAGCCGUUAGAGACCACGCUAGGCAAAACUAUGGAGGUGCUGUGGAUUGAUGACAUCCCUAAACGUUAUUCUGAUGACGUGAGUACGACCAUCGAAAAGUUACGAGUUGACAUCGAACAUCAAACAGACACCAGACUGCGAAUCAAGAUUUAUGAUGAGAAUGCAAAUCGGUAUGAAGUACCACUGCAGCUACCGGAAGUGACGACAAAGGCCGAGAGCCCUCUAUAUGCUGUUGAAUAUAUCGAUUCUCCGUUCAGUCUUCAGAUCCAGAGGAUUGAUACAGGAACCAUUAUUUUUGACACAUCAGUUGGCGGUUUCACGUACACCAACCAGUUUAUCCAGAUGUCAACGAAAUUCCCAUCCAGUAACGUGUACGGUUUUGGUGAACACAAUCACCGUCAGUAUCGGCAUAAUUUAGACUGGAAAACAUGGGCUAUUUUUACACGUGACAUUGAACCGGUGGUGAAAUGGAAUCUUUACGGAGCUCACGCUCUACAUAUGUGUAUCGAGGACGACGGAAAUGCACAUGGAGUACUUUUACUUAACUCAAACGCAAUGGAUAUAGUGCUACAGCCAACACCAGCCCUAACAUAUCGUACUAUUGGUGGUAUUCUCGAUUUUUAUGUCUUUCUGGGACCGUCACCCGAAGACAUUGUUAACCAAUAUACGGUCCAGGUAAUAGGUCCACCGAUGAUGCCGCCCUACUGGGCCUUGGGAUUUCAGUUGUGUAAAUGGGGUUACGAAAGUCUGGAUGAAGUUAAGGGAAUCGUAGAAGACAUGAGAGCGCAAGGGAUCCCGCAAGAUGUCCAAUAUGCUGAUGUUGACCAUAUGAGUAAUUAUCGCGACUUCACUGUUGACCCUGUGAAUUGGGCUGGACUAGGGGAGUUUUUCGAAGAACUUCAUGAAUAUGGACAACAUGGUAUUAUUAUUCUGGAUCAUGCAAUUCACAGCAAGGAAGGAAAUGGCUACCUUCCUUUUGACACCGGUGAAGAAAUGCACGUAUGGAUUAACGAAACUGAUGGGAUCACCCCAUUAGAAGGAGAGAUGUGGCCAGGUCUCACAUACUUUCCUGACUUUACCAACCCUGUGACGCAGAUUUGGUGGACCGCACACUGCGUAGACUUUCACGAGGAAGUCCCAUAUGAUGCGCUCUGGAUUGAUAUGGACGAACCUUCAAACUUUGUCCAAGGAUCCACAUCAGACCCGCCAUGCAACAAUAAUUCUCUCAACUUUCCGCCAUAUCUACCGAAAAUCCGUGGUAGUUUGAUGUAUGAUGACUCAAUCUGCAUGGAUUCCGUUCAAUAUCUGGGAACCCAUUACGACGUACACAGUUUGUAUGGACAUAGCAUGUCAGUCAUGACACAUGAAGCCUUAAAGACGGUCUUCCCAAAUAAACGUAGUAUGACUUUGACACGAUCUCAAUUCACUGGAACUGGACACGUUGCUGGCCAUUGGUCUGGGGAUAACCAAAGCCAAUGGAGACAGAUCCCUUGGUCCAUUAUAGCGAUGUUGGAAUAUUCUCUGUUCGGAUUUCCUUACAUGGGCUCGGAUAUUUGCGGGUUUUGGUACAACACCACCGAGUCAAUGUGUCAACGAUGGCACCAACUUGGAGCAUUCUAUCCAUAUUCAAGGAACCACAAUGCUGACGGAUGGACGCAUCAACAUCCAACUGUUUGGAGUGAUGACGUCAUUGACAACAUCAGAUACAUUCUUCUAGAACGAUACAAACUGUUGCCAUUCUUAUAUACCCUGUUUUUCCGUGCUUACACUGAAGGAUCGACCGUGGUGCGACCGUUUGCACAUGAGUUUCCAACUGAUAAGCAAAGUCUGGUUGUAGAGACGCAGUUUUUAUGGGGACCGUGUUUUAUGGUGACUCCAGUCAUGAAAGAGGGAGAGGAAAUACCCGAGGCAAAUCGUGGUACAACAGUCACACUGGAUGCGCCGAUGGACUACAUUCCUCUGCAUGUGAGGGGUGGUUACGUCAUCCCGACACAGGAACCAAAUACAACAACCACGCUUAGUCGUCAGAACUCGUUUGGAAUGAUAGUAGCGCUCGGAAGUGGACAGCUGAACGAGGCUACAGGAAGUCUGUUUUGGGACGACGGUGACUCACGAGAAACAAUUGAAAACGGUACAUAUACGCUGAUUUCAUUUUCUGCCACCAACGGUAAUGUUGAUAUUACGGUAGAGAAGACGGGAUAUACGAUGUAUCUCACUGAUUUGAGUUGGAACACUCUCAGAGUGUUUGGUCUACAAGACAAACCGACUGAAGUUUUUGCUGACGGUGUCUCAGUGGCGUUUGAAUAUAAUUCAGAAUUAAAGGUAAUGGAGGUAAAUGAACUUGGAAUGAAAGAUGUUACUGCUAACCAUCAAGUGACAUGGUCUUAA